AUGGAGACGCCGAGUGUGCGCGUGCUGGUCGUGGGGGACUCCGGAGUGGGGAAGACGGCGCUCUUGCGCUCGAUCUGCCGCGCGCACUCGCCCGGCGAUAUCAGUUAUGACAGAUCCGCGUCGCUCUGGACCACCGGGUGCGACGUGCACGUGCUGCUGAAGCCUCUGGGACCUUCGGGCCGCGAGGUGUUCGUGGAAUUCCUGGACGUGGGGGGCCACAUCAAGUACGAGCUCAGUCGCGGGGCCUUCUACCACGACGUGCACGGCGUCAUAUUCGUGCACGAUCUGAGCAACGCCAAGAGCGGAGAACAUCUGCGCAAUUGGAGCAGGGAGCUGGCUGGCAUGCAGAAGCUCAAGGGCUGCGUAGUGCCCUCUACUGGCAAGGAGCACGACUUCUCGACGCUGCACAACCUGCCGAAGCUCGUGGUCGGCAACAAGAGAGACCUGCUGCCUAGAAACUUUAGACCCAAGACGACGGGGCCAACGGGCUACCCCGAAUUCCGAACGGUGGCGAGCAUUGAAUCGGUGCGUAAAGUCGCAGAUAUGAGCGAGAUAUGA